AUGAAAGGCGGUGGUGUAAUACUCAAGGCCCUUCAAUGGUUCCUUCGCGCUGUAGAAUUCUGUUGCGCCGCCAUCAUCCUCGGAAUCUUUUCCUAUUUCCUCGCCAAACUCUCCACCAAUAACCUCCCCAUCGCCAACUACAUCAAAGCAGUCGAAGGAAUAUCCGGUGCUGGAGCAUUAUAUACCGCUCUUGCACUGGGACUUCUGUGCUGUCUCGCCGGCCUAGCAUUCUUCUCCUUCAUCGCUAUCAUCCUCGAUUUCUGCUUCACAGGCGCUUUUAUCUAUGUCGCCUAUGCGACUCGAGGUGGUAAAUCAUGCUCGGGUUUUGUGGUGACGCCCUUGGGAAGCGGAAAUUCGGCGACGAAUGAUAGGACGCUGGGGGUGGGGAGUGGGAGGAAUACGUCGCUACCUAGUUUGCAUACGAGUUGUCGAUUGAAUACGGCUUGUUUUGCUGUUGCGAUUAUUGCUGCUGUAUUCUUCUUCAUAUCCAUAUUCGUCGAACUAGCCCUCAUCAAACACCACCGCAAAGAAAAAGCCUUCGGGCCCUCCCCCAACAACGGCUACACAGCCGGCACCCCCCGCCGCAAAUUCUGGCAACGCCAACCCGCGCGCGACGGCGAAUACAUGGCCGGCGGGCUGGCAGCCGAGAAACCCGACGCACUACCCAUGCAUUCGAGUCCCAACGAUGUAAGAAAUUCUUACGCUACGGAUGCGACGAUGGUGGGGAGAAAUCAUGAGGGCUAUGGCGCGCAGACGGGCUAUGCACAUUCUCCUGUGUCGCCUGUGGCUAAUACCGGUACGCAUGGGUAUGGGCAUCGUGUGAAUGGGGUGGAUUAUGGGAAUACUCCUGGGUAUGGAGGAGCACAAAAUGCAAAUGCAAAUGCGCAUGCGUCGGAGAUGCCGGGUGAGGGGUAUAGAGGGGGAGGCGCUCAUCAGUAUCGCACUGCCAAUGGUACUUUUUAA